AUGGUUUCUAGCGAUGUCCAACAAAUCAGUCCAUCAAACCCUAUGUAUUGGUAUUCACUGCAGUGUGCCGUGUGCAUUGAAUCUAAUUCAAAAGUACGUCGUAAAGGUGCCGUAACUUCAAAGAAUGGCACGCUCGCAGUUGGCCGGAAUCUGACGCGGUAUCGUCUACCUCAUCACUUUUAUUCUGGUUUAGGAUUGGCUGCUUAUCAGCUUGGCGGAGUGACGCUGCAUGGUUUCGCAGGGAUAAGACUCGGUCAGAGUUCUAAUGAGGAUUCACUGAAAUGUGCACUUUCAAAAAAGAACGUGGUCAAGAAAUGGAAGCUUUGUACUCAUCUAUUCAUUGACGAAAUCUCCAUGGUUGAUUCGGAUUUACCAAAAUCGAAUAUGUCCAAGAAAUAUGUAGACAGUAAUGAACCGUGUGGUUUACCGGUAGCGCGGCAUAUUCGUGGAGAUAAUCGACCAUUCGGCGGGAUAAAUCUCAUCGUCACGGGCGACUUUCUGCAGCAUCCACCAGUAGCCGAUAAAAGCAGUCCAUGCGAAGCAUGGAGUCGUUGUCGCCAGGACGACUCGCGUUUUAUCAAGCUGUUAGAGGAAAUACGUGUUGGACUGUGUACUAACGACGUUUGUGUUGCGUUAGCUGUGACAAAACGGAACAAUUUUUCAUCCCUAGUAGCUCUGACCCAGCUAUGCACACAUACAGAAGACGCAGUUGUCUUUAAUACCCUUUAUUUAGAAGAGCUUGAGGGACUUAGUAGAGUUUUCGAUGCUGAAGACAGUCAGUUCAUUCCCAAUCCAAUACAAUCUGCUAUCGCGAAGAGAUUGGUGUUGAAAUCCCUUACUCAAAACAUUAAUCUUGCGCGAGGUCUUUCUAAUGGAUCUCGAGAGGUAGUAACUAGAUUUUCGAAGAGCAGUUUCCCUAUAGUGAAGUUGCUGUCCACUAAAGAGGAAGUAGAGAUACUCCCAAUGCGUUUUUCGGUUCGGAUUCCAGGACAUGAUGAACCGGCUUAUAGACGUCAACUUUGCGGCUCGCCUGGGCUAUGUCAAUUUACAAGUCGCAAGGCCUCAUCUUGGAUGUGGUUGAGGGUGUUCGCCGAAAGCCAGUCGUAUGUUGCGCUGUCCAGGGCUCGUUGUCUUGCUGCCGUUCGUGCAAUCGCUUUCGAUCCAUGUGUUAUCAGAGCUAAUCAUGUCGUGAAGUACUACGAGUCGGUUAAGAAGAAUGUUGAUUUGGGGAACGAAGAUGAAAUUUUCACAAAUCGCUGUAACAAAGUGGUGGACAAGUAUGUUGAAUACGAAACAGUGCUGGUUGUUAUCGAUCUAAUCGUUCAUAAUAUUUCUGCGUAUCGUCAUCUCAUAUAUAACAUGAAAAUUCAGAGUUAUCUUCGGUUAGCGACUAUUUUUCUGCUAUGUGAUGCCUAUGAUAAAUGGAUCUCAGGAAGAGUAGGCGUUUACAAUAUCUACGACUUGGAGUGGAUAUUUUACAAGAGCUUUCUUCAAAGUACGAUAGAAAUGGUUACAUACGUGGCAACAGUAGUGCUUUGCGAUCUGAAGCUUCAUUCAUAUAAAUUGGAACGCGUUGUUACUGUAAGUCGAGGGACAGUUAUGGGAUAUUACGGUAACGUCGCUGUGGUGUUGUCUAUCAUAUUCAAACUAAGCAAUGAGUUCUCUUACCGAUCUGUCACACAGUUGUUCAUUUUUGCUUCACAUAUUCAAAUACAAAGAACAUUAUUUCCUGACCUUUCUUUUCUGUCCAACUUCAUCAUUGUAACCUCUGGCGUCGCGUUCUCUAUGGCGUCGGGGAUGCUCUGUCGAUAUUUUCUUGAAUAUUGA